UAGCGGAGGGACGCCGGCGUCCAAGAUGGCGGUGUGCAUCGCCGUGAUCGCCAAGGAGAACUACCCUCUGUACAUUCGAAGCAUCCCAACAGAAAAUGAACUGAAGUUCCAUUAUACAGUGCACACUUCCCUGGAUGUUGUGGAUGAAAAGAUCUCUGCCAUGGGGAAGGCCCUUGUGGAUCAGAGAGAGCUCUAUCUGGGACUUCUGUACCCAACUGAAGACUACAAAGUAUACGGCUACGUGACAAAUUCCAAGGUGAAGUUUGUUAUGGUGGUAGAUUCUUCAAACACAGCACUUCGAGACAAUGAGAUCCGCAGCAUGUUCCGAAAGCUGCAUAAUUCAUACACAGAUGUAAUGUGCAAUCCCUUUUAUAACCCUGGGGACUGCAUUCAUUCCAGGGCCUUUGAUAAUAUGGUGACCUCCAUGAUGAUGCAGGUGUGCUGAAGCUCCAGCCAUUCUCUUUGUAUUUGAGAACAUUCUCUAUUGUACAGAAGUAUCUGUGAAGCUGUGUGUAUAUAUAGUCUUUAAACUGGUUCUGUGUAAAAUAAACCCAUUGCUGUUUGGA